AUGGCUGAAGGAGUUGGUCUUUCCUUCUUGGGGAAAGCUCUGGGGGGAAUUGGAGAGUACUUGGUUGCUCCGAUCGGCAGACAGUUUGGUUAUCUGUUUUGCUUCAACACCAACAUUCAAAAUCUUGAGACUCAAUUGGACAGCCUAAAAGUGACAAGAGAAGGGGUUCAACUAGGGGUGGAUGAAACACGCAACAAUGUCAGAACCGUUGGACCUCAUCUUGAGGCAUGGCUGACUAAAGCAAAUGACAACACAGCAGAGGCAGAGACAAUUAUUAAAGACAAGGCCCAAGUUCAAAAGGGGUGUUUCAAUGGGUGGUGUCCAAAUCUCAAGUUGCGUUACUCACUGGGCAGGAAAGCUGUGAAGAAGACUCAGGAACUUGCUCUUCUCCAUGCUGAGGUAAAAGAUUAG